CCCCCCCAAACUUUCUCUAGUUUCUACAUAAAUCUACUUAAAAAAAAAAAAAGCUCGUCGUCUUCUCUCUCAAAACUUGAAUGAGAAUCUAUCUCACGAAAGAUCGAUCAAUCAAAGGGAGAUCUAAGAUUUCCGGUUCUUGCAUAUUGACAAUGUCCAAUGACGUCGUCGAAGUGCCAAUGUGCAAUAAAAUGAGGAAGAAGGCGAAGAAAUCAUCUCCCUCGUGUUCUGCUGGUUUAUCGUCGUUGCCGGAAGCUUUGGCUCUAAGCUGUAUAGCUCGCGUCUCGAGAUUGGACCAAACAGCCUUAUCUCUCGUCUCCAAGAGAUACCGCUCUCUCGUAGCUUCCCCUGAGCUCUGCAGCACGCGAUCGCUGAUUGGUUGCACCGAGUCAUCUUUCUACGUGUGCUUGCGCAUCUUACCUGACCCAACCCCUCGCUGUUUCGUCCUUACCCGUAAUCGUCGACUGAGGCCGAUCCCAUCGCACCCCUAUCAGGCUCCGGAAUCAUCCUCUUUCGUGGUAGUGAAUUGGGGGAUCUAUGUAAUCGGUGGAAUCAUAAACGGCAAUCCCACUUCCGAUGUCUUGUUCCUCAACUGUUUUUCUCAGACAUGGCACCGCGUUCCGUCCAUGAAGAUGGCUCGUGCUUCCGCAUCGGCAAGCUUUGUAGACGGGAAGAUCUAUGUUUUUGGAGGGUGCCGAGAGGACGCUGAUUCCUCAAACUGGGCGGAGGUAUUCGAUCCAAUUUACCAAACUUGGGGUAAAUUUAAUACGCCGAAGAUGGCCCAUAAUAUCAACCAAAGUGUAGUAAUAGAGGAGAAGAAGGUUUAUUCCGUGGAUGAGGAUGAUCAAAGCUUCAACUUCUUGCCAAGUGAAGGUAGAUUAUGGAAAAGAGGAAAAAAAGAUUCAAAGCUAGGAAGUAGAAACGAUUGGUGUGUCAUUGGGAAAUUGUUAUACUGUCGUGGUGGUACUCGCGGUAGAAUACUUUGGUGUCAACCAGAUGAGUUGGAUUGGAAGGAGGUUAAAGGUUUGGAAGAGCUACAGUUGUAUCUCUCUUGUACGAGAUACAUCUUCAGACGUACCUCGGAUAAACGGCCAUCAAAGAUCCAAGUCAAAUAUGAUAUUAGCAAACUCUGUAGUAACUCUUCUGGGAAUAUUGUCAUCUUCUGGAGCGCACAUAUUGGAGAUUCUGAGAGUAUGGAUCUUUGGUCUGCCGAGAUUUCAAUGGAGAGGCGUGAGGGAGGUGAGAUUUGGGGGAAGAUUGAGUGGUCCAAUGCUGUCUUCAAACUUGAUCCUCUCUCAAACUCAUAUAGCGUUAAGGUCUUAUUUUCUGCUUCUGUCCGUCUGUGAUGUUCUAAUAACAUA